UUGUUUCUCCCAAAUUCUUGGAUUGAACCUGCAAAAGAAACGGUUUCAAAGAAAUACUGCAACUGUAAAAGUAAAUAUUAGCUCCAGCAACAAUUUGCAUACAAUUAUUGCAAGAAAUGAUUCUGCAGUACCUACGAGUAGUAAAAGUAAGUUUGACAGAAAAUUUGAGAAAAUAAAAAGGAAAGAAGAACGUGGUGAUUAGUGAUGCUGAUUAAGCAUGUGGGCAUGACUUGUCCCUGCUGAUUUACCUCCAGCGAUGCAACGCUUAAAUUUAUGUUUGAGAAAGAGGCUGAAUCUACCCGAUCCAAUAGCCACCAAUAAACUCUAAGCUGAUACUAGAAAGCAACAUGGAGAAAGAAAGAUGCUGAUACGACCUUUUAUAUCUAGACUUCUGGGGCUCUAUUCAAUUUCAGUGCCGCUAGCUUGAGUGGCUAAUGUGGUCUAAUGUUUUACAGACGACUGCAUUUUUUUUUCCUGGGGAAACUGUGCUGGACUAGAAAGGCUGCUCUACUUGCCAUGCCCCCAAAAAUCAGGAACUUAAAUAUGUGGUGAAGGAUUUUGUCUAAUACCUACUAAGUUGUGAAGCAUGGCUAUGGCUGCUACAGUUAAAGUGGUUCUUGGCUCCGUUGCCUUCGUUAUUUUUUGGGUUCUGGCGGUUUUCCCGGCUGUUCCCUUUCUUCCUAUUGGUAGGACUGCGGGGUCUCUUCUUGGGGCUAUGCUUAUGGUCAUCUUCCGAGUUAUAACUCCCGAUCAAGCCUAUGCUGCUAUUGAUCUUCCAAUUCUUGGUCUUCUAUUUGGUACAAUGGUAGUCAGCGUCUAUCUUGAAAGAGCAGACAUGUUUAAAUACUUGGGCAAGUUGCUUUCAUGGAAAAGUAUGGGAGCCAAGGACUUACUCUGUCGAAUCUGUUUGAUAUCUGCAAUUUCAAGUGCGCUUUUCACUAAUGACACAUCUUGUGUGGUUUUAACCGAAUUUGUACUGAAAAUUGCAAGACAACACAAUCUUCCACCUCAUCCAUUUCUGUUAGCCCUAGCCUCCAGUGCAAAUAUCGGCUCUUCAGCAACUCCAAUUGGGAAUCCUCAAAACUUAGUUAUAGCAGUCCAGAGUGGAAUUCGGUUUGGGGAUUUUGUAAUUGGAAUACUCCCUGCAAUGCUUGUGGGAGUUGUUUUAAAUGCUGUAAUCCUUCUUUGUAUGUAUUGGAGAUUGUUGUCGGCCGACAAGGACGAAGAAGACCCUGCAUUGGAGGUGGUUGCCGAAGAAGAUGUGAGUUCCCACCGUUUUUCGCCGGCAACCAUGUCACAUCCUACGUCCUUGAAUUCUCAGGAAUGGAACUCUACAUUGGAAUCAAUGAACAUUAGUAGCUCACCUAAUAACCAUGGUCAUAGGAAUCAUAUUGAGACCCUUAGAAGCAGGGCAAAUGCAAGUGAGAGCGAAAUCCAAAAAGCCCCAAGUGAGGAGCCUAAUCCUGCAGGGAACUCAAGUCCUCCAAAAGAGCUUGACAGUGAAACAUUUGCACAUACAAGGGAGGAAACUGUCCCUUCAAAAUGGCUGCCACCCCUGAAUGGAUUUCAAAAUGGGGGCUACACCAGUGAAGGGAAGGAGAAAUGGAAAAGAGUACUGUGGAAGACUUGUGUUUAUCUCGUUACAUUUGGAAUGCUAAUAUCUUUGUUACUGGGUCUGAACAUGUCAUGGACAGCAAUAACAGCAGCACUUGCUCUCGUGGUUCUUGAUUUUAAGGAUGCCAGGCCAUGCUUAGAAAAGGUAUCAUACUCGCUCUUGAUAUUCUUUUGUGGAAUGUUUAUCACAGUAGAUGGGUUUAACAAAACAGGAAUCCCCAGCGCACUGUGGGAUCUUAUGGAGCCGCAUGCUCAGAUUAAUCACAUUGGGGGAAUAGCAGUUCUUGCUCUUGUGAUCCUUUUGCUGUCAAAUUUGGCUUCAAAUGUGCCAACAGUUCUGCUGCUUGGGGGACGCGUGGCGGCUUCAGCUGCUGCAAUAUCUUCUGCUGAGGAGAAGAAAGCAUGGCUCCUUCUAGCUUGGGUAAGCACUGUAGCAGGAAAUCUGUCCCUCGUAGGAUCGGCUGCCAACCUGAUUGUCUGUGAGCAGGCUCGUCGUGCCCAUCAUUUCGGCUACAACCUCUCAUUUUGGAGUCACCUCAAGUUUGGAUUUCCAUCCACUAUUGUCAUCACAGCUAUUGGUUUGACACUGAUCAGGGGAUGAUGCCCUAUAAUCACUGUGAUGACCUGACCUGUGUUGUAAAUUUGGAGUCGUUAAAUAAAAGAGGCGUGGAAGAGCCCCAUGUCUCGCACAGUUUGUGUGGGGAGUCCGGUCUAAAUUGUAUAGAGCAUUUUGCAUUUGUUUUGUCAGUGUCUCUUCAGGUAGUGCCGCACGAAAUUAGAGAUAAGAAGCAGAUUAGAAGGCCAAGGAUGUGUCUUGCUAGUCGUUUGUCUGGUCCAAAUGAUUUGUUAUCGCCCUCGACUUAAACGUGAAAUCCUCUAAUUAAUCUACUUUUAUUUGGAAUCAGCAUUUUCUUCCA